AUGCAUGGUGUCAUGUUUCUCUGUCACUGGGAGUUCUGGAGACUAUGCUGGGAGUGUGUCAGCCGUCCAUACACGGUGCUCUUCUGCUCCGUCACGGCCUCACUGUUAUUGUGGGGUUGCAAGUGCCAGAGGCCAGCUUUAGUUUGCAGCGAGGCUUUUCGUGCCUUUCUUCAUAAGCAUUGUCCGGUGGUGACUGAACACUUCAGACCCACUCCCUGGUGCUGGGAGGGCAGAUUCCAAACUAUAGCAAAUGCCUUCCUCAAGAGCAGACCCCCCAUCAAUUAUCGCAAUGAGUUGAUCCGCACUGACGACGGAGGUCAGAUUUCCCUCGACUGGGUGGACAAUCACACUAGUACAGCCUAUCCUGAGUCCUCCACUCGGCCCACGGUGCUGUUUUUACCAGGCCUGACCGGAAACAGCAGGGAGCCCUAUGUAAUCCAUGCUAUUCGCCAGGCUAUCUUCCGAGGCUACAGGUGCGUGGUCUUCCACUAUCGAGGUUUUGGAGGGGAGGAGUUACUCACGCCUGUGACUUACUGCGGGGCCAGUACCUCGGAUUUUGAGUGUGCGGUGCAGCAUGUCAAAGCACUUUUCCCAGACUCUCCGCUGCUUGGUGCAGGUGUUUCUAUGGGAGGCAUAAUGCUGCUAAACUACCUUGCAAACAAAGGAGCUGAGUCCGGAUUGGUGGCUGGUUUCACCAUUUCUGUUGCAUGGGAUGUACAGAAGUCCUGUGACUCAAUGGAGAAACCCCUCAACCUGCUGCUUUUCAACAGACGCCUGGCGCGAGGACUUUGUGAGACUGUCAUCAAACACAGAAAUGUUUUGCAAAAAGUGGUGGAUGUCGACUAUGUCGUAAAGGCACGCAACCUCCGAGAGUUUGAUGAGCGGUUCACCACACGCAUCUUUGGAUACAAAUCCUGUGCAGAGUAUUUUCAAGAUGCUAGUCCGGCCUUUAAACUUCACAAUACAACUGUUCCCAUCCUGUGUCUCAAUGCUGCGGACGACCCGUUCUCACCACAAAAUGGCUUUCCCCUGGCCACGGUUAAGCAGCUCCCGAACGUGGCUCUGAUGGUCACUGCUCACGGCGGACACAUCGCCUUCAUGCAGGGCCUGUUCCCGCGCAGUGAGGGCCUGAUGGAGCAUCUGUUUGGACAGUUUGCACAGGCCGUGUUUGAACAUCCCGAGGACCUGAAGGAAGCAUGCGGCAUCAGCGACAUCCUCAUGAGCUGA